CACCCCCGGCCCCGAAGCUCCGCCAGCCGCCGCCAUGAGUAGCUUUGGAGCUGGCAAAACCAAAGAAGUUAUCUUCAGCCUGGGGAAGUCGGAAGGGAAGAGGAGAUAGGGUUGGGGGCUGGUGUCAUCACCUGACCUCUGGGGGUGUCCUGGCAGAGGAGGGCUCUGUGAAGAUGUUCUUGAGGGGCCGGCCGGUGCCCAUGCUGAUCCCGGACGAGCUGGCCCCCACCUACAGCCUGGACACACGCUCUGAGCUGCCUUCCCGCCGUCUCAAGCUCGACUGGGUCUAUGGCUACCGCGGCCGAGACUGCAGGGCCAACCUUUACCUGCUGCCCACAGGGGAGAUAGUGUACUUCGUGGCCUCUGUGGCCGUGCUAUACAGCGUGGAGGAGCAGAGGCAGCGGCACUACCUGGGACACAGUGAUGACAUCAAGUGCUUGGCUAUCCACCCUGAUAUGGUUACCAUCGCCACUGGACAGGUGGCGGGCACCACUAAGGAGGGGAAGCCGCUGCCGCCCCAUGUGCGCAUCUGGGACUCCGUUUCCCUCUCCACCUUACACGUGCUGGGCCUGGGGGUAUUUGACAGAGCUGUGUGCUGUGUGGGCUUUUCCAAAUCUAAUGGGGGCAACCUUCUCUGUGCGGUAGAUGACUCCAAUGAUCACAUGCUCUCUGUGUGGGACUGGGCCAAGGAGACCAAGGUUGUAGAUGGCAAGUGCUCCAACGAGGCUGUGCUGGUGGCCACCUUCCACCCCACAGACUCCACCGUGCUCAUUACCUGCGGGAAAUCCCACAUCUACUUCUGGAGCCUGGAGGGGGGCAGCCUGAGCAAGCGGCAGGGCCUCUUUGAGAAACAUGAGAAACCGAAGUACGUGCUGUGUGUGACCUUUUUGGAGGGUGGCGAUGUGGUCACCGGGGACUCUGGGGGGAACCUCUAUGUCUGGGGCAAAGGUGGGAACCGUAUCACACAGGCAGUGCUGGGUGCCCACGAUGGCGGCGUGUUUGCGCUCUGCGCCCUGCGGGACGGGACGCUGGUGUCUGGAGGGGGCCGCGAUCGGCGGGUGGUCCUCUGGGAUUCCGGCUACAGCAAGCUGCAGGAGGUGGAGGUCCCCGAGGACUUCGGCCCCGUGCGCACUGUGGCGGAGGGCCGGGGAGAUAUGCUGUACGUGGGGACCACCCGCAACUCCAUCAUGCAGGGCUCUGUCCACACCGGCUUCUCGCUGCUCAUCCAGGGCCACAUGGAAGAGCUCUGGGGCCUGGCUGCACACCCCAGCCAGGCACAGUUUGUGACAUGUGGGCAGGAUAAGCUGGUGCAUCUGUGGAGUGUGGAGUCCCACCAGCCCCUGUGGAGUAGGAUCAUUGAGGACCCUGCCCGCUCUGCCGGCUUCCACCCCAGUGGCUCUGUCCUGGCCGUGGGCACGGUGACUGGCAGAUGGCUGCUGCUGGACACGGAGACCCAUGACCUGGUGGCCAUUCAUACGGAUGGAAAUGAACAGAUCUCAGUGGUCAGCUUCUCUCCAGACGGGGCGUACCUGGCCGUGGGCUCCCACGACAACUUGGUGUACGUGUACACGGUGGACCAGGGCGGCCGCAAGGUCAGCCGCCUGGGCAAGUGCUCGGGCCAUUCCAGUUUUAUCACCCACCUGGAUUGGGCCCAGGACAGCAGCUGCUUUGUCACCAACUCUGGGGACUAUGAAAUUCUGUACUGGGACCCCGCUACCUGUAAGCAGAUCACUACUGCAGAUGCUGUGAGGAACAUGGAAUGGGCCACAGCUACUUGUGUCCUGGGUUUUGGCGUGUUUGGGAUCUGGUCCGAGGGAGCAGAUGGUACCGACAUCAACGCUGUGGCCCGCUCUCAUGAUGGGAAGUUGCUGGCUUCAGCCGAUGACUUUGGCAAGGUCCACCUGUUUAGCUACCCCUGCUGUCAGCCUCGCGCCCUCAGCCAUAAAUACGGCGGACACAGCAGCCAUGUGACAAAUGUGGCCUUCCUGUGGGAUGACAGCGUAGCCCUGACCACAGGGGGCAAGGACACCAGCGUGCUGCAGUGGCGGGUGGUCUGAACUGGGGUUGGGGGGUUCCCAGGAACAUGGGGCCCAGGUAGAGUCAGGUGGCAGGGCUGGAAUUCUAUUUUCGGGAGAUGUCUAUUGCCGAGUAGAGUAAUAUAUACCCAGAGUAUGUCUAUAGCAAAGGGGGUUAUGGGGGUGGGAGGGUGGACUGGCAGACAGAAGUCUGUGUUUAUCGGGGUGGAAAGAGGAGUCACAUUGCUUUGGGGGAGCCAUUAGGGUGUUUUGUUUGGGUUGUUUUUUAAGUUUAUUAUUUUUUAUCAUCCAGAAAUAAAAACACGUGCACUGAGGUGGAGUGUCAGGGUCUGUGUAUGUGGUGUAUCCGUAGAUUGUGUCUUUCUUUAAGUGUAUGUAUAUGGGGGGGAAGGGUGUGUAUUACAGUGUUUGUGAGGAGAGACCAUUAUUGGGUCUUUUUUGGUCUUUAAGAUUGACAGUAACCAAGCUUGCUCUAACUAAGGCCAAAGCAGUACUCAAUUGGCCAACAUUGCCAAACAAAGAAGGGCAGUUGUCCCCCCUGGCUUUCGGGGCCAUUGAACCAAGGAUUUGAGGGCAACCAAAGUACUCCAUACCUUCUCUGACCUUCUGCAAGUCACCAUUUUUCUCUGGGACCAGCAUUCUCCACACCACAGAAGGAUG